GUGAAGGAGGAGUGGGGGGACUACCACAGCAGCAGGAGCAGGGGAGGAAGCGAGCUGAGGAUGCUUAUCUUCAAGCAUGUGAUGACUGAGGCCUGAAGGUUGAGAGGCUGCGGCAGCAGGACAUGCGAGCAUCCAGCUUCAAUGAAGGAUGAAGAGCCCGGUGCACAGAUGCAGGGACGUGGAACACGGCCGCGGGCAGACUGGGGACGGGGCCAGUGGAGGGUCCAACUGCCUACAACCUGAACAGCGCAUCCCUAUCUCCAAAGACGUCAUCACUUCCUCCUCUUCCUCAGCCUUGUGGUUCAUCAGGGACACCUGCGGCAUCGUGUGUGCCAUUAUAACGUGGCUGCUGGUGUUUUAUGCUGAGUUUGUGGUGCUGUUUGUCAUGCUGGUGCCCUCCAAGAAUCUCACUUACAGCAUUGUGAACGGGACCUUGUUCAAUACUUUGGCCUUUCUAGCCCUCGCCUCACACCUCAGGGCCAUGUGCACUGACCCUGGGGCUGUGCCAAAAGGGAACGCCACUAAGGAAUACAUAGAAAGCCUUCAGUUGAAACCAGGGCAGGUGGUCUACAAAUGUCCCAAAUGCUGCAGCAUCAAGCCUGACCGAGCACACCACUGCAGUGUAUGCAAACGAUGCAUACGGAAGAUGGACCACCAUUGUCCCUGGGUCAACAACUGUGUUGGGGAAAACAACCAAAAGUACUUUGUUCUCUUCACAAUGUACAUUGCACUCAUCUCUCUGCAUUCUCUGGUCAUGGUGGUCUUCCAUUUCCUCUACUGCUUUGAAGAUGAUUGGACAAAGUGCAGCUCCUUCUCUCCUCCAGCAACAGUCAUCCUCCUCAUCCUCCUGUGCUUUGAGGGACUCCUCUUCCUCAUCUUCACCUCUGUGAUGUUCGGCACCCAGGUCCACUCCAUCUGUACCGAUGAGACAGGCAUAGAGCAGUUGAAAAAGGAAGAGCGAAGAUGGGCUAAAAAAACUAAGUGGAUGAACAUGAGGGCGGUUUUUGGACACCAUUUCUCUUUAUUGUGGUUAAGCCCCUUCUCCACCCCUGACCACGGCAAGGCUGAGACCUACCAGUAUGUGGUGUGAGGGAGCUCGGGAAAGGGAAUGAGAAGGCCUGGAAAAGCUGGCCUGUUUGCUCCCACUUACAGUGUACGUCCCACACAAGCCAUGGACAGCUUGUCAUGUGCUCUUUGUGCUGCCAACUAAGUGAGCAAUGUCUUAUUAUUAUUAUUAUUUUUUUUUUGUUUGCCUUUACAAGUCGAGUUGCAGAGAAAAAGAAACGCUGUCUGUCUUUUUGCGAACACUGUGAUGAAUCAGUUUGGGUUUUAGUUUUUUAUGGUCUUUUCUCUUAGAAACUGUCUGUUCUUGCUUGGUGCAUAAUCUUCCUGUGUUUUGUUCAAGGAUACGUUCAGCCAAAUUACAAAAGAAAAAGGGAUAAAAUGGGAAAUGACGUCACUUCAUCCUGCAGACAUAGGGCUGUUUUUGUAGGUUAGUUGGCUAAAACGGUGAAAAAUCAAAAUGAAAUCAAUUGAUUAGAUUAUUAGAGUAGCCAGAAGUGUUUAACCUGCAGGUUUUUAUCAGGGACAUGUGAAGAAAUUCACCUACCUCAUCUGCUGAAAAAUGUAUUUAGCCACUGGUUCAGUCCAGAUACACCUACUGAGAUAUAUCCAGUAGAGAUGUGCCUAUCAGGUUUUUUCCUGCCGAUACCGAUUCCGAUCACCCAUGAGGGCCAAUCACCGAUACCGAUCAC